UUCUGAUAAUGGAGCCUUUGAUGGUUAUUCUGAAGUCUCACCACAUCAAGCGAAGUUAUAUCGGAACGGUAUCCAUUCGUCUGAUUUCAGCUCGCCACCUUUUCUUUGAGUGUCGCAGCUCGCUUCAACUUACCCAGCAAGGGGUAGGAUAUAGGGCAUCCAAUGCAUUGCGAGCGUACCGGCAUAAUCCUUGCCAGGUUCAGGGAUCGUCAUGCUGUGCCAAAUAGAAGUUGCCUGGCUCGAGGGCCUCAUCGCCUCGGCGCCCGCGAACGUGGAUGACUACAUGGCUCUCACUAGCCAAAACAACGGGUCAGAAAACCAAGACGAUGGUUUCGAAGGCUCUUCGAUCCCGAGAUCUCUCUGGCUGGACCUCCUUGACGCUGCAGUGGCUCUGGAAGAAUUCCCCGUCCAUGAAGAGUCGUCAGUGAGUGCUGCUGAUGCGCUUUCUUUGCAUUUGACCGCAACAUACCCCGAAGAAACAACACGCGAGACAAUCUUAAGUUCAGUAUGUGGUGUUCUUGAAAAAGCUACAGCGUCUACUUCUGCUCGAGAAUCUGCAGCCGGCGAAUUGGCGGAGCUACUGGGAUAUGAGCAUGUAGAGCUCGUCACCCGUCUCCUGGAAAAUCCAAAAGAAGUUGUCAGUUCUUUCAGCGCGCAGCCUUCAAUGAAUCGAAGCAGUUAUACCCCUCUGGCCGUACCUCAGCAAGCUUCCAGUGCAAAACGCGCGUUCCCGCAUAAGCCGUAUACUCCUGGGUCUCAAGUCACCAUCCGUAGCCGCGAGGAAAUUCAACAGGCAAAAGCAUCGCGCAAUGCGGUGCGACGAGAGCAACAUGCUCGUGCCCGUGACUUUGUCAGCAGUCACAAUGCAGAUGAGCUUUCUACGGAGGAAAUGCUGCGUCUCAGAGAGGAGGACCUGCAGCGUGCCGCAAAAGAGCCACAGCCACUCUUUUCGGGGAAUGGGCGUUCAACGGACGGACCGCAGUACCCCCAUGUUUUCUCUUCCGGAAUAAGCGGCUCAACACUGUCCGUAUUUGGCUCAAAAUUCAGCCUACCAAUGGGCACGACUCGCGAAGAGCAUACCUACUAUGAAGAGAUUACCAUUCCUCCACCAAAGACAGUGCCGAUGCGCAUCAAUGAACGCCUGGUGCCCAUCCCAGAAAUGGACCCUCUUUGUCGCGGCGCUUUCCCGGGCUACAAGAGCUUGAACCGCUUGCAAAGCGUCGUAUACCCACUCGGCUACGGCAGCAACGAGAAUCUUCUCGUAUGCGCGCCGACGGGGGCAGGAAAGACGGACGUCGCGAUGCUCGCAGUGCUGCGCUGUAUCAGUCAAUAUGCGGCCAGUUCCGAGCUGAGCGGCAGCAGCGGAGGUGGUUUUCGCAUUGCCAAAGACGAUUUUAAGAUCGUCUAUGUCGCCCCGAUGAAAGCUCUAGCAUCUGAGAUCGUUCGCAAGUUCAGCAAACGCUUAUCCUAUCUUGGCGUUGUUGUUCGAGAGCUUACUGGAGAUAUGCAGCUCACGCGGCGUGAGAUCGCCGAGACGCAGAUGAUUGUCACAACUCCCGAGAAGUGGGAUGUCGUUACGCGCAGACCUGCUGGCGAGGGCGAGAUCGCAGCCAGGCUCAAGCUGCUCAUCAUCGAUGAAGUCCAUCUGCUACACGAAGACCGCGGGGCGGUCAUCGAGACCAUCGUAGCUCGUACGCUGCGCCUUGUCGAAUCCAGUCAGAACUUGAUUCGCAUUGUCGGUCUCUCUGCGACUUUGCCGAACUAUGUCGAUGUCGCCGAUUUCCUGCGCGUCAAUCGCUACAAGGGGCUCUUCUACUUCGACUCUAGCUUCCGUCCCGUGCCUCUAGAACAACAUUUCGUUGGUGUCAAAGGCAAGGCUGGCUCUCCAACCUCUCGCAGUAAUCUGGACAAGGUGACGUUUGAAAAGGUCUCCGCACUUCUUCAUGAGGGACACCAAGUGAUGGUCUUCGUUCACGCACGCAAAGAGACGGUGAAAUCAGCUAUGUCACUCAAGGAAAUGUGCAGCGCAGAGGGCCUACUGGACCUACUCACAGACGGCCGGGACGAGCACCCGAGAUUCCAAUUCUUCAAGAGCGAGCUCUCAACCAGUCGAAAUCGAGAGAUGAGGGAGCUAUUUGACUCUGGCUUUGGUAUUCAUCACGCCGGAAUGCUGCGCUCUGAUCGAAAUCUGUCCGAGAGAAUGUUUGAGGCUGGCAUCACCAAGGUCCUCUGUUGCACUGCAACACUUGCUUGGGGCGUCAAUUUGCCAGCUUAUGCCGUUGUCAUCAAGGGAACAGAUGUCUACGACUCUAGUGCUGGAAAGUUUGUCGACCUUUCCAUCCUCGAUGUUCUACAGAUCUUUGGUCGUGCCGGUCGACCUCAGUAUGAAGACCUAGGUGUCGGCUACAUUUGCACGCCUCUGGAGAAGCUAUCACAUUAUGUCGACUCAAUCACGUCCCAGCAUCCAAUCGAGUCAAGCUUCAUCAAAGGACUUGCUGACAGUCUCAACGCAGAAGUCGCGCUCGGCACAGUCGCUAGCGUCGUCGAUGGCGUUUCUUGGCUCGGAUACACAUAUUUGCACACGCGCAUGCGCAAACAGCCCCUCAUCUAUGGGAUGGAACAUCAGGAAGUAUCCGACGACCCGCACCUCGGCGCUAAGCGACAGCAGCUGAUCACAUCAGCAGCCAAGCAGCUUGCGGAAAACAAGAUGGUCACCUUUGAUGCAACCAGCGGGGCCAUCAAAAUCACACCCCUCGGCCGUAUCGCUGCGCGCUACUAUAUCGGCUGGAAGACGAUUGAAACAUUCAAUUCGAAGCUGCGACCUAGCAUGAGUGAAGCUGAUGUCCUUAGCGUCCUCAGCUUGGCGUCCGAUUUCGAACAGAUCAUUCCAAGAGACAAUGAGGAGAAGGAGCUCAAGAAGAUGCUGGAGAAUGCACCCUGCGAGGUGCCUGGAGGAAUCGAAACCGCUCCUGGCAAGGUCAACAUCCUUCUUCAAGCUUAUAUCUCCAAAUUCUAUGUGGAGGACUUUGCGCUCGUAUCUGAAACAGCAUAUGUGGCCCAGAAUGCGGCAAGAAUCCUGCGUGCGAUGAUAGAGAUUGCGCUAGCGAACAAAUGGGCACCGACGGCGCAUUCUCUUAUAUCGAUGAGUAAAGCGGUCGAGAAACGCUUGUGGCCUUUUGACCACCCCCUCAGUCAAGGCAAUCUAUCGGCGGACACACUCUUCAACCUCACACGCUGGGCAGAUGACAUUGAAAUCGCAGAGCUUGCCGCUAUGCAUGCUGCAGAUCUGGGCAAGCUCAUCCAUCUCAACGAGCGUCUCGGAGGCUUCGUCAAGCAAGCUGCAAAGGAGUUUCCUCAACUCAAAAUUCAGAGCAGCUUCCGGCCGAUCAUGUACGACGUGCUCGAAGUUCAAUUGCAGGUCACCGCGGACUUUGAGUGGUCAGACAAAGCGCAUGGCGGAUCGGAACCGUUCUACAUCUGGAUCGAGGCGCCAGAUUCUACUCAUAUUCUCCAGUGGGCUCUAGUGCACGUUCGCAAAGGCUCGUUCAAGACACCGCUUCGCUUCCUUCUCACGAUGCCGCCGGCGACGUUCGACUCGCUCACUGUGCGCUGGAUGUCGGAUCGCUGGCUUGGAGCUGAAGCCAGCCACGAUGUCAAUUUGCAAAGCUUGCAGAUGCCAUCGGUCCAAGCUGUUCACGGAAAGCUGCUAGAUUUGCCGCUCAUUGCCGCAUGCGACGUCGCUAGCGAUUCGGUUCUGACAGAGGGUCUCAAGCAGGUCAUGCUUGGCCUGACGCCAAUUCAAACCCAAUCGUUGCACAGCUUUCUGCACACAAGCGGCAAUAACCUUCUUUGUGCUCCGGCGGGAUCCGGAUCCUCAACGUUGGGGCAUCUUGCCGUCGUCGAGAAUCUCAGAAAGGAUCCAUCUGCCCGAGCCCUCGUCGUAGGUGCGCAGCCUGGUCUGCUUCUAGCAGACUAUCGCCGCUUCCGCAACCUCUUUCCGAGCGUACGGGAAGGCGACAUCGCCGUCGUUGCGAAGCCGGAUCUGUUGAUCAGAAGCCAAGCGAGCAUCGUUUUUGUCACCUCUCGUGUCUUGCUCGAAGCGGCGCUCGUCGAUAGGAGCUGGAUGCAGAACUUUCGAUUAUGUUUGGCCGAUGAUCUCCAUCUCCUCGAUGCCUCAUACGAUCUGGCUCUUAGCCUUUCUCUACGCGCCAUGCCACUUUGUCGCUUCCUUGGAUGUUCCGCAAGCUUGCAAGACUCUAGCACGCUGGCCUCGUGGCUUGGAGCUGCAGAACACUCGACCUUCUCAUUCCGCCCGACCGAUCGGCCGGUCAGCCUGACAGAGUCCAUUGUCUCUUUCGACGUCCCACACUCACAGGGUCUCAUGAAGGCCAUGAUCAAGCCCGCCUAUGAUGCAAUCAGUGCGUGCCGGGGAUCUGCCAUCAUAUUUGUCCCUUCGCGGGCCCAGUGCUAUCACACAGCAGAGGACCUAGCCACAGCGUCCGCAUCUGACCUUGAUGCGCAGCCUUGGUUGGGCAUCCCAAGCAAAGAGCUUGAAGCCAUGUCGCUAGGCCUGCAUCAAGUGGAUCUCAACCAGAUCCUUGUCCACGGCAUCGGCAUUUAUGAGGAGGGGAUGCACCAAAAGGACAAGAGGUUGGUGCUCUCGCUUUUUGAGCGUCGCAUCUUAAAGGCGUUGAUCGCGUCAAAGAGUGCAAGCUGGACGCUCGAGGUCAAAGCUGAUCUCUCCGUCGUGAUGUCAACGCAAUAUGUCGUGUUGCAGCAAUCUGGCAACCCUUUCUCGAAAGAGUAUGUGCCGCAACGCCAGAUUGUUGAUUAUUCGGCCGAGACGCUCGUUCGAAUGCACAGCUUCGCCGCUCAUGCAGCCGCCAGGGAUAGCAACGCAUCUUCUUCGGCUCUCAUUUUGACUCAGACCACACAAGAAGACUUCUACAAGAAGACUCUGCGGUCGGGUCUCCCGCUCGAAUCCCCUCUUUUUGACGAGGAGGACGAGACAUUACGGACGACCAUACUCAGGAUUAUCAUCACUGGAUACCUCGAGUCACUUCAAGACGUUUUGGAUCUCCUUAGUUGGACCUUUGCCUUCCGUCGCUUUAAUGACAACCCUUCCUUUUACGGCGCUACUCACGACGAUGCUGAACGACCAGCACCAUUUAUCAGCGAGCUUUGCGACUCCAGCCUUCGGAGCUUGUCGGAGCAAGGCCUUGCAAAGGUUGCUGAAGCGGGGGGCAUCAGUGUGACCCCCCUCGGGCAAGCGUUGGCGCCGAACCCUCGGGCAUUCACUGCACUUCAGCUUGUGUGGCGCACAGUUAAGCUAGACAAAGCACACCUGGUAUCAUUGGUAGCGCAGCAUGGUACUGAUUGGCGAGCCAGAAUUAGUGCAGGCGAUCAUGCUUAUCUCGAUGACCUCCGAGAUAAGACAGAAGGAGCUUGGCUGGGGAUAUUUAGUGUUACGCGGCGUAAUGCAGAGAAGGGCAUCGAAGGCUGGACGCCGCAACUUGCCGCCAGGCUCCUGCUCGCAAACUACUUCGCAAAAGGAAGCGGGACUGCCGUUAUGACGCUGGACCAUCGACUUGAAACACAAGAAGCGGCAGUAGUGCUGCAGUUGUUGCAACAUGUAUGAUGUGCGAAUGCAGAUGUAGUACAUGGACACGGUCGACGCGAUCCUGAAUGCGGUCAAUCGUCGAACAUGGUU